UCCGAGAUGGAGGUACGAAGGAAACACUGUCAAGCCCUGAUGAGUCAGAAGAAAAUAACACAUGCCCUGAAGUCCCUGUAUGGACUGUACCCCUACAAGUCCAGCAUGAUUGGCCUGGAGAGCCUUGGCGACCCCUCGGGUGACUGGGACAUAGUGGAGACCAUCGGUAAAGGAACAUACGGCAAAGUCUACAGAGUAACCAACAAAAACAAUGGGAGUCAGGCAGCAGUGAAGGUGCUGGACCCAGUCAAUCACUCCAGUUCAAACAGAGACGUGGAUGAGGAGAUUGAGGCAGAAUACAACAUUCUGAGAUCCCUGUCCAACCACCCCAAUGUGGUGAAAUUUUAUGGGAUGUUUUACAAGUCAGACAAGUUAUCUGGUGGACAACUCUGGCUGGUACUUGAGCUGUGCAACGGUGGCUCUGUCACAGAACUCAUCAAAAGCCUGCUCAUGCGCGGCCAGCGUCUGCAGGAGCCCGUUAUCUCAUACAUCUUAUAUAGCGCCCUUUCGGGUCUCCAGCAUUUGCACAACAACCGUAUUAUCCACCGUGACGUCAAAGGCAACAACAUCCUCCUGACGACCGAGGGGGGAGUCAAACUGGUUGACUUUGGUGUUUCAGCUCAACUGACCAGCGCACGAUUGCGGAGGAACACGUCAGUCGGGACGCCGUUCUGGAUGGCCCCGGAGGUCAUAGCCUGUGAACAGCAGUACGACUACUCAUACGACGCCCGCUGUGAUGUCUGGUCUCUUGGCAUCACAGCCAUCGAGCUUGCAGACGGAGAUCCCCCACUGGCUGAGAUGCACCCAGUUAAAGCCCUGUUCAAGAUCCCGCGAAAUCCCUCGCCCACAUUACGAAGUCCAGAGCAGUGGUGCAGAAGUUUCAGCCAUUUCAUCAGCCAGUGUCUUAUAAAGGAUUUUGAGGCGCGUCCAUCUGUGACCCAUCUCCUGGAGCACCCCUUCAUCAAGCAGGCCCAUGGCAAAGAUGUGGCACUCAGUCAGCAGUUAGCAGCUCUCAUCCAAGAGCAGCAAGGAGUCGGCUGCAAGACCAAAACCAAGCAUGUGAGGAUCAAUACCCGCAAAUCCCACAUAAUAGAGAGCUGUCCAGACGACGAUCUGGUAAACCUGGAGUUCCUAGAUGAGGAGUCAAUAAUCAGCCAUCUUCAAAAGAGGUAUGAUGAGCUGCAGGUAUACACAUAUGUCGGCGACAUCCUCAUCGCUCUCAAUCCUUUUCAGAAUCUGAGCAUCUAUUCUCCUCAGUUCUCAAAGCUGUACCAUGGCGUGAAGAGAGCUGACAACCCUCCUCACAUCUUUGCUACUGCAGAUGCAGCUUAUCAAGGAAUGGUGACAUUAUGUAAAGACCAGUGUAUUAUCAUCAGUGGGGAGAGCGGAGCAGGGAAAACAGAAAGCGCUCAUUUGAUUGUUCAGCAUCUUACUUUCCUGGGAAAGGCAAACAAUCGAACUCUCCGGGAGAAGAUCUUGCAGGUCAACCCUCUGGUUGAGGCGUUCGGAAACGCUUGCACAGCUAUUAAUGACAACUCCAGCCGCUUCGGCAAGUACCUGGAGAUGAAGUUCACACCGACCGGAGCCGUCACUGGGGCCAAGAUAUCGGAAUACCUGCUGGAGAAAUCACGGGUCAUCAAACAGGCCCUAGGGGAGAGAAAUUUCCAUAUAUUUUACUACAUGUAUGCUGGGCUUUAUCACCAAAACAAGCUGAAGACUUACAAGCUGCCAGAUGGGACACCUCCCAGGUACGUUGACAGUCAGCAAUACAAGGUGAUGCAAGACAUCGUCUCCAGGAAACUGUACAAGGAGCAGUUUGAUGCAAUUCAGGAAUGCUUCCGAAAUAUUGGUUUUACUGAAGAGGAAGUCAACUCUGUUUACAGAAUUCUUUCAGCCAUCCUGAACACGGGCAAUAUUGAAUUCACUGCCAUCACAUCCCAACAUCAGACCGACAAGAGUGAAGUGCCCAACUCCGAGGCCUUAGACAACGCUGCAUGUCUCCUCAGCAUCGGCCCGGAGGAGCUCCAGGAGGCACUGACCUCACAGUGUGUUGUAACCAGGGGCGAAACCAUUAUCCGCACUAACACUGUGGACAAAGCCGCCGACGUCCGAGAUGCCAUGUCCAAGGCCUUGUACGGACGCCUCUUCAGCUGGAUCGUGAACCGCAUCAACUCGCUGCUGCAACCUGACAUGAAAAUCUGUGCCGCAGAGAGCUGCAUGAAUGUGGGAAUCCUGGACAUCUUCGGUUUUGAAAACUUCAAGAAGAACUCAUUUGAACAAUUGUGCAUCAACAUAGCAAAUGAGCAGAUCCAGUUCUACUUCAACCAGCACAUAUUUGCCCUCGAACAGAUAGAGUACCAGAGCGAGGGAGUGGAUGCCAGUCUGGUGGAGUACGAGGACAACAGGCCCAUCCUGGACAUGUUCUUGCAGAAACCCAUGGGUUUGCUAUCCCUGCUGGACGAAGAGAGUCGCUUCCCUCAGGCUUCUGACCAGACCCUUGUGGAUAAAUUUGAAGACAAUUUGCGAUGUAAAUACUUCUGGAUACCAAAACGUGUGGAGCUUUGUUUUGGAAUUCAACAUUAUGCCGGAAAGGUGAUGUACAACGUGAAUGGGUUUCUGGAGAAGAACAGGGACACUCUUCCUGCAGACAUCGUUGUGGUGUUGAGAACAUCAGAGAACAAGCUUCUUCAGCAGCUGUUUUCCAGCCCUUUAACUAAAACAGGAAAUCUGGCGACAUCCAGGGCUCGUGUCACAGCUGCCUCCAGAUCUCUGCCGCCACAGCUUGGAUCAGGACGCACCAAGUCUCCCAAAUACCUGUUGAAGGUGGACACGAUGGAGAUGAUGCGUCACCCAGAGGAAACCACCAACAUGAGGAGACAGACUGUGGCGUCCUAUUUCCGCUAUUCCCUGAUGGACUUGUUGUCUAAGAUGGUGGUGGGCCAGCCGCACUUUGUGCGCUGCAUCAAACCCAACGACGACAGAGAGGCGCUGCGCUUCUGCAAGGAGCGGGUGACGGUGCAGCUGCGCUACACGGGGAUCCUGGAGACGGUGAACAUCCGCCGACAAGGCUACUCCCACCGCAUCCUGUUUGAGGAGUUUGUUAUCAGAUAUUACUACCUUGCAUUUCGAGCUCACCAGAUGCCCGAGACCAGCAAAGAGAACGCAGUUGCCAUAUUGGAACGGGCCAAACUGGAGGGCUGGGUGCUGGGCAAGACAAAGGUUUUUCUCAAGUACUACCACGCAGAGCAGCUAAACCUGCUGCUGCGGGAGGUUAUCGCUCGCGUGGUGGUGAUGCAAGCUUACACCAAAGGCUGGCUCGGUGCCCGACGUUACCGGAAAGAGAAGGGGAAGAGAAACCACGGGGCCGUCGUCAUUCAGUCAGCCUGGAGGGGCUACGUUGCGCGGCAGAAUCUCAAGCAAAUGAAAAAGGAACGGGAAGAAGCCGCGGUCCUCAUACAGUCAGUUUACAGGGGCCAUCGGGCGCGUCAGGACCGUGGAUCCCAGGGGGACAGAUGUCACCCAGAGUGUGCAGGAACGACCACCAAUGAGAAGCAUACGGGGUAUGGCCUAAGGAGCAAGGAAACGCAUGCAAAAGACAUACAUAAAGGAACUGUUGGUUCUGACAGCCAAGACAGGGAAGUGAAAGACAUCAAGAGAGACAAAGGCAGAGCAGAGGACAGAGUAACGAAGCCUCGCAGGGAGACAGCCAGGCUGCGAGACGUGCAGUGUAAACAAGGUCCAGUGAUGAAGCUGCAGCAGAGAACCCCUCGUCGCCGUGGCCAGCAGCCCAAGCUCCUCAACAGCCCCGAAGACAGCCUGUACUACAACCAACUAAAUAGAACUCUGGAUUACCAGGGGAGCAAGAGGAAGCCGAGAAAACUUGGUCAAAUCAAAGUGCUGGAUGGAGAGGAUGAGUACUACAAAUUACUGUCAACUGUGGAGUCGAUCCCCGAGGAAGAGCACGCCGCCGCCGCCCCCUCUCCCGCCCUCUCCAGCAAGCCCCUCGUCAGUCAGAGCUGAGCUUCACAACCAUUCAGCCGGUUGCCUUCUUCACCCUUUUUGAACAACAAAACCAAAACCAACUGCAUCUCAAGAACACGCUUGACUUUUAUUGUAAAUUUAUGUUUAUUUCAAGUAAAAUGCUGUUUUAUACAAGUCAAAUAAAUGGG